UAACGGUUCCUCCCAUUCUCACGUUAUCAUAAGAGUUGAAUCGUUUAAAACCACAAUGGCACCAGUUGUUGUAUUACUUGUAUUUUGUUUAAUAAAUUUAACAAACUGCAAUCCACCAGAUGGAUGGGGAGAUCCCAACAAUAGAACAAACUGGAUGAUUUACCCAAGUGACACUAACUUUCAGCAUAUUCAAUAUACAUCUGUAGUGGUUGGAACUAAAUUAGACGUAAACUGCACGGAUGGGUUCCACGCGGUUUCAAGCAGUCAAAUCCUUCCAUUUUUUGUAAUUACGUGUGCGCAGAAUAAAAAAUGGAUAGGGAGCCAUGGAUGUGAAGAAACAGGAUGUGGAGAUCCCAACAAAAGAACAAACUGGAUGAUGUACCCAAAUGAAACUAACUUUCAGCACAUUCAAUAUACAUCUACAAAGGUUGGAACUUGGUUAGAUGUACACUGCACAGAUGGGUUCCACGUGGUUUCAAGCAGUCUACUCAAUCAAACGUUUAGAAUAAGAUGUGGGCCGAGUGGUAAAUGGAUGGGGAUCCGUGGGUGUGAAGAAACAGAAUGUGGAGAUCCCAACAAUAGCACAAACUGGAUGAUGUACCCAAGGGACACUAACUUUCAGCAUAUUCAAUUUACAUCUACGAAUUUCGGAACUAUUUUAGACGUACACUGUUCGGAUGGGUACCAAGCGGUUUCAAGCCUUGAAUUCCUUCCAUCUUUUAGAAUCAAGUGUGAGCAGACUGGUAAAUGGAUAGGGGGCUAUGGAUGUGAAGGAAAAGAUUGUGGAAAUCCCGCUGUCUUUUUAAACGGUGAAUGUAUUGCAGCCACAACCACAUUUUCGUCAACAGUACACUGUUCGUGUCAAACUGGGUAUCAUUUCACUGGAAACAACAGCAGCAUUAACUGUCAAGCGGACGGAAGAUGGAGCAAACUAAACGGCAGUUGCUCGAUAAUUGACUGCAAAAUUCCCCUAGUUGAUCCACACGUCAUCGUCAAUACUUCGAACGGUACGACUUACUUGUCAACUGCCGUAUUUUCUUGCAUCGAUGGUUACAAAUUGGUUGGUGGAAAUUCAUCAAAAUGCAUGGCAACAUCCAAAUGGAGUCCAGACGUGCCAAUAUGCCACAUUAAAGAUUGUGGACAUCCCCCUGGCGUUUUAAAAGGUCAAUGUAGAGCAGCAACAACCACAUUUCAGUCAACAGUACAAUGUUCGUGUCAAACCGGGUAUCACUUCACUGGAAACAACAACAACAGCAUUAAGUGUCAGGCGGACGGAAGAUGGAGCAAUCUAAUUGGCAGCUGCUCGAUAAUAGAUUGUGGAAAGCCCGCUGUCUUUUUAAACGGUGAAUGUAGAGCAGCGACAACCACUUUUCAGUCAACAGUACACUGUUCGUGUCAAACUGGGUAUCAUUUCACUGGAAACAACAAUAUCAUUAAGUGUCAGGCGGAAGGAAGAUGGAGUCAACUAAACGGCAACUGCUCGAUGAUUGAAUGUGGAGAUCCCAACACUAGCACAAACUGGAUGAUGUACCCAAGGGACACUAACUUUCAGCAUAUUCAAUCUACAUCUACGAAUUUCGGAACUAUUUUAGACGUACUCUGUACGGAUGGGUACCGAGCGGUUUCAAGCCUUCAAUUCCUUCCAUAUUUUAGAAUCAAGUGUGAGCAGACUGGUAAAUGGACAGGGGGCUAUGGAUGUGAAGGAAAAGAUUGUGGUCAGCCCCCUGGCGUUUUAAACGGUCAAUGUACAGCAGCAACAACCACAUUUCAGUCAAUAGUACACUGUUCGUGUCAAACAGGGUAUUACUUCACUGGAAACAACAACAACAUUAACUGUCAGGCGGACGGAAGAUGGAGCAAACUUAACGGCAGCUGCUCGAUAAUUGACUGCAGAAUUCCCGUAGUUGAUCCACACGUGAUCGUCAAUACUUCAAACGGUACGACAUACUUGUCAACUGCCGUAUUUUCUUGCAUCAAUGGUUACACAUUGGUUUGUGGAAAUACAUCAAAAUGCAUGGCAACAUCCAAAUGGAGUCCAGACGUGCCAAUUUGCCACAUUAAAGAUUGUGGACAUCCAUCUGUCGUUUUAAAGGGUGAAUGUAGAGCAGCAACAACCACAUUUCAGUCUACAGUACAAUGUACGUGCGAAACCGGGUAUAACUUCACUGGAAACAACAACAGCAUUAAGUGUCAGGCGGACGGAAGAUGGAGUCAAUUAAAUGGCAACUGCUUGAUAAUUGACUGUAAAAUUCCCCUUGUUGAUCCAAGCGUCAUAUUGAAUACUUCAAAUGGCACGACAUAUUUGUCAACUGCCACAUUUUCCUGCAUAGCUGGCUACACACUGGUUGGUAAAGAAACAUCAAAAUGCAUGGAAACAUCCAAAUGGAUUCCGGACGUACCAACAUGCAACAUUAAAGACUGUGGAAACCUGACGUAUCCGAAUGAUUCUAGAGUCGUGUUUACCAAUGGUACAACCUACUUGUCCACAGCCAUAGUCCAAUGUACUGAAGGGUAUAGGAUAAGGAACCAGCCCAACAACUCAAUAACAGCCGAGUACAUUCAUUGCACCUCAGCAGGUCUAUGGCAAAUCUCCAAUGGCUGCGAACUAAAAGAUUGUGGUAACCUGACAUAUCCGAAGAAUUCGUUAGUUGAAGUUCUGAAUGGAACUACUUACUUGUCCAUGACUAACGUGCAAUGUAAUGAAGGAUAUAGAUUGUUGAAAGAACACAAUAACAGCAUCAAUUCAGAAACUAUUAAGUGCACGUCAAAUGGUCGAUGGGAAGACUUCAUUGGCUGCGAACCAAAAGACUGUGGCAGUUUGACAUAUCCGAAUGAUUCUACAGUUGAGUUUCCGAAUGGUACAGCCUACACGUCAAUUGCCAGAGUAAAAUGUUCUGAAGGGUAUAGGAUAGGAAACCAAUCCAACAAUUCUAUGACAGCAGAGUUCAUUGAGUGCACCUCAGCAGGUCUAUGGCAAGUCCCCAAUGGCUGUGACCUAAAAGAUUGUGGUAACCUGACACAUCCGAAGAAUUCGUUAGUUGAAUUUCUGAAUGGAACAACUUACUUGUCCAUGGCUAAAGUGCAAUGCAAUGAUGGAUAUAGAUUAAUGAAGGAACAUAAUAACAGCGUCACAAUAGAAACUAGUAAGUGCACGUCAGAUGGUCGAUGGGAAGAUUCCAUUGGCUGCGAACCGAAAGACUGUGGCAGACUGACAUAUCCGAAUGAUUCUACAGUUGAGUUUCCGAAUGGUACAACCUGUAUGUCGAUAGCAAGAGUCCAAUGUACUGAAGGUUAUAGAAUAAGAAACCAAUCCAACAAUUCUAUGACAGCAGAGUAUAUUGAGUGCACCUCAGUAGGUCUAUGGCAAGUCCCCAAUGGCUGCGAACUAAAAGAUUGUGGUUACCUGGCAUAUCCGACUAACUCUUUAGUAGAAAUUUUAGAUCGGACAACCUACUUGUUCGGGGCUAAAGUGCAAUGCAAUGAUGGAUAUAGAUUAAUGAAGGAACACAAUAACAGCAUCAGUUUAGAAACUAUUAAGUGCACGUCAGAUGGUCGAUGGGAAGACUCAAUCGGCUGCGAACCGAAAGACUGUGGCAGACUGACAUAUCCGAAUGAUUCUACAGUUGAGUUUCCGAAUGGUACAACCUACACGUCGAUAGCCAAAGUCCAAUGCACCAAAGGUUAUAGGAUAAGAUCCCAAUCCAACAAUUCUAUUACAGCAGAGUACAUUGAGCGCACCUCAGCAGGUCUAUGGCAAGUCCCCAAUGGCUGCGAACUAAAAGAUUGUGGUAACCUGACAUAUCCGAAAAAUUCGUUAGUUGAAGUUCUGAAUGGUACAACCUACUUGUCCACGGCUAAAGUGCAAUGCAAUGAUGGAUAUAGUUUAAUGAAGGAACACCAUAACAGCGUCACAAUAGAAACCAUUAAGUGCACGUCAGAUGGUCGAUGGGAAUAUUCCAUUGGCUGCGAACCGAAAGACCUGGACGAAUGUUCAUUUGGUGGAGAGUUUUUCUGUAGACAUGCAUUAAACCAGACACGAGUGUGCGUAAACAUUGACGGUGGAUAUGUGUGUGUUUGUAACAAGGGAUUUACUGGAUUAAGCUGUGACACAGAUAUCGUGGAAUGUGAUGCCAUUACCUCGUGCGGUCAUCAUGCGGUGUGUUCCAACACAUAUGGUGGUUACUCGUGCGCAUGUGCGGAUGGAUAUCCACAAGGAAAUCUAUAUCUGGGAUGCUUUAAACCAGUAUUGCUUGACUUCAAUGCACCUGGAGAUAAAUACAACGGUGACAACAUUAUUAUAGAUGCUUACCAUAUCUCAAAAAGGCUGCCGUACUUAGGGGAAUAUAUUCAUUGGUUCAAGCCAAACAUGAACGGAUUCGUAUCUCUAGAUUUUCAACCUCUCUACAAUCAAUACGGAGGUGAAAAUGCCACAGAAUGGAAGGCAGCUGUUCAGAACCACAAAGUGGUCGCUCCGUUAUGGACAGACAUUGACAGCAGUAAUAUAACAAACGGUGGGCUGUGGAUCCACAUGUUAACCGACCACCACAAUGAUACGGUGGACAUUCAGAAGAUAAACGACAUCUUUCGUCAAUACACAAACCAGACAGAGUUCAAUGCCAGUGUGGCCCUGGUCGCCACUUGGAAGCACGUUACGGUUCAUUCGCCUUACGAACCCGGAUAUGAACUCGUUAAGCAUCAGACCCUGUCGAUGCAGUGCAUUAUUGUGUCAGACGACAUGUAUACCUACAUCAUGUUCAACUACGACAACGAACAGUUCAGUAUCAAACCAUUACCGGAAGUCCCUGUUGCUAGUGGUUACACAAAUCUAGAUAACACGGGAAUCAUUUUGUCUAACAGAUAUAACUUUUCUCUACUUAAUCAAGGAUCUAAUGUUCAGUCAGGUUUUGCUGGAAGGUGGAUCUAUAAUGUAACUGUUAUAACACCAUCAAUGAGGAAUGAAAUUCAAUGUCAGACGUUUUACGAAGACAAUAAGGUUCAGCUCAAAGCUUCGCAGUUGGUGUAUGCACUUCCGUGUCCGUGUCAGGAGGUGUUGAUGAUGGAGGACUACACGUUCACUCGCAAUGAUUCCCUACGCCCCGAGUUUGGAAGUCACUUGACGUGUUACGAGUCGUGGUUCUUCAGUGCAUAUGGCAUCAAACAGAGAUGCUGCUACAUGUUCAGUAAAUUACAAACAGAGUACCCAGCUGCAAUUGCAGCAGAGUUUGAAAAUACCACUAUUGCCUCACUUCUCCUAGAUGGCUACAACCAGUGUUGUAACCCCAGUGGAAGCCAAAAAUACUGUCCUCGGUACGCUGAGAUCAACCCGCCUGAUGACUGCUCUAGGUAUACGAUCAGCGACGAGGUACUGGCAUACCGACGCAGCAUGAACAACGUCAUGGAAACUAUUGCACAAAAUGAAACUCUCGACCUCGGGUUUUGGGGUGGUUUAGAACGAAGUUUAAAAAAUGUGUUUGGAUUAUAAAUAAGGCAAUACAUGGCUUCC